AUGCCGGCGACUGCUCGGCGGCGUGGAGCGCGGGUACUGUGUGCACUGCUAUGGGUGGCCCUGGGGCGCUGCUACAACGUCGACGUGGGUCGCCCUGUGGUUUUCCAGGGUCCUAACGGGUCCUUCUUCGGGUACUCAGUGCUGCAGCACUACCACGACAACACGCGGUGGAUCUUGGUUGGUGCUCCCAAGGCAGAAUCUAAAUACAGCACCUCUGUUCAGUCCCCAGGAGCAGUGUUUAAAUGCAGAGUCCAUACUAAUCCUGACAGAAGAUGCACAGAACUGGAUAUGGGUAGAGGCAAUUCUCGGGGUGCACUCUGUGGAAAGACCUGCAAAGAAGACAGAGAUGAUGAAUGGAUGGGGGUGAGCCUGGCUAGACAGCCAAAGGCUGGUGGAAGUGUGCUGGCAUGCGCGCACCGCUGGAAGAACAUCUACUACGAGACAGAGUACAUCUUGCCCCAUGGCUUCUGUAAUAUCAUUCCCCCAAAUCUGCAGCCCAAUGGGAGGAAGCUCUUGCCCUGCUAUGAAGAGUACAAGAAGAAGUACGGGGAGGAGCACGGCUCGUGCCAGGCAGGGAUCGCAGGCUUCUUUACAGAGGAGCUGGUCAUCAUGGGGGCACCAGGAUCCUAUUAUUGGACAGGAACUGUCAAAGUACUGAAUCUCACUGACAACACCUAUUACAAACUGAAUGAUGAUGCUGUCAUAGCCAGGCGGUACACAUACCUUGGGUAUGCAGUGACAGCAGGUCAUUUCUCUCAGCCAACUACCACGGACGUAGUAGGAGGAGCUCCCCAGGAUGGAGGCAUUGGAAAGGUUUAUAUUUUCAGAACAGACAGACGAUCAGGCUCUCUAAUAAAGAUUUUUCAGGCUUCAGGAAAAAAGAUGGGCUCUUACUUUGGCUCCUCCUUAUGUGCAGUUGAUCUGAACUCUGACGGGCUGUCAGACCUGCUGGUCGGAGCACCUAUGUUUUCUGAGAUCAGAGAUGAGGGUCAAGUAACAGUCUAUAUCAACAGAGGAAACGGAGUGCUGGAAGAGCAGCUCAUCCUGGAUGGUGAUGGUGCCUAUAACGCACACUUUGGUGAGAGCAUGGCUGCCCUUGGCGACAUUGAUGAUGAUGGCUUCCCAGAUGUUGCCAUUGGAGCACCUAAGGAAGAUAACUACAUAGGAGCAGUGUACAUUUACCACGGGGACACCAAUGGUAUCGUACCUCGGUACUCUAUGAAGCUGUCUGGGCAAACAAUAAACCCCAUGCUGCGGAUGUUUGGCCAGUCCAUAUCGGGGGGAGUUGAUAUGGAUGGCAAUGGCUAUCCAGAUAUGACUGUUGGAGCCUUCUUGUCAGACAAUGUGGUGCUUCUGAGAUCCAGGCCUGUCAUUACCGUGGACAUCUCCAUUUUCCUGCCUGCAUCCAUCAAUAUCACAGCUCCUCAGUGCCAUGACAGCUUGCAGCCAGUGAACUGCCUCAAUGUCACAGCCUGCUUUCGCUUCAGUGGCAAGCGUGUUCCUGGAGCAAUAGGUUUGAACUAUAACUUAACUGCUGAUGUGGCAAAGAAGGAAAAGAGCCAGCAACCCAGAGUUUACUUUGUGACUUCUGGAGAGACAGCGGGGCAGAUCACAGAGAAGUUGCAACUCUCAUACAUGCAGGAAAAGUGUGAGCAUUACCUAGCAUAUGUCAAGAAAAGAGUCAAAGAUGUCAUAUCUCCAAUUGUAUUUGAAGCUGCAUACAGCCUUGGGGAACAUGUGAUAGAAAGAGGAAGAGAGGAUAAAGAAUUACCUGCUCUCAAGCCUGUUCUCCGCUGGAAGAAAGGACAAAAGAUUGCACAAAGGAAUCAGACUGUUUUUGAAAGGAACUGUCAAUCUGACGACUGUGCUGCUGAUUUGAAACUUCAGGGUAAAUUGUUGCUGUCCAGUGUUGAUGACACAACUUCCUACCUGGCCCUGGGAGCGGUGAGGAACAUCUCACUUAACAUUUCCAUCUCUAACAUUGGGGAUGACGCCUACGACACCAAUGUAUUCUUCAAUUUUUCGAGGGAGCUCUUCUUCAUCAAAAUGUGGCAAAAGGAGGAGAUGGGCAUUGCCUGUGAGUUGCUGGAGUCAGACUUCCUCAAGUGCAGUGUAGGAUUUCCUUUCAUGAGAUCAAAAUCUAAGUAUGAGUUCAGUGUGAUCUUUGACACGAGCCACUUGUCUGGGCAGGAAGAAACACUCACCUUCCUCGUCACUGCCCAAAGUGGAAACCUAGAACACACUGAAUCUCUGCAUGAUAAUACUCUAACCUUGUCAGUGCCUCUGAUGCAUGAAGUGGACUCAUCUAUCAAUGGAGAAGUCUUCCCUACUUCAUUUUUCUACGGUGAUUCUGUGGAAGUAUCCAACUUUGUCCAGUUGGAAAACCAUGAAUGUCUUUUCCAGUCUCUCAACUUCACGCUGCAGGUGUACAAUGCAGGGCCAAGCACUCUCCCUGGAGCUUUUCUUGACAUUUCAUUUCCAAACCGCCUUUCUGCUACUGGAGCUGAAAUAUUUCAUGUUCAGCAGAUGAUGGUUGGUCAGGACAAAGGAAACUGUUCGUUUCACAGAAACCCCAGCCCAUGCAUUGUUCCUCAAGUGAAUGAAAAUAUUUUCCACACAAUAUUUGCUUUUUUCACGAAGUCUGGCAGAAAAGUAUUGGACUGUGAAAGACCAGGCAGGUCCUGCUUAAUUAUACGCUGCAACUUAAGCUCACUAGCCAAAGCAGAGUCCUGUGAUAUAAGUAUCUACACACUGCUGAAUACAGAGAUACUGAAGAAGGACAGUUCAUCAGUCAUCCAGUUUGUCACAAGGGCAAGGGUGAGGGUGGACCCUGACCUCAGAGUAGUGGAGGUGCCCAAUGGAAGCCCAGAAGAAAAACCAGUGGUCUUUGAGGCUUUACACAAUCUGGAGCCUCGUGGUUAUGUUGUUGGAUGGAUCAUUGCCAUCAGCUUGCUGGUGGGAAUUCUCAUCUUCCUGUUGCUGGCUGUGCUCUUAUGGAAGAUGGGCUUCUUCCGCCGGAGGUACAAAGAAAUAAUUGAGGCCGAAAAGAGCAGGAAGGAGAAUGAAGACAGUUGGGACUGGGUCCAGAAAAAUCAGUGAACUGCCCAUGAAAACUAAAGCCCAGUCAUGUGGCACGCGCUUGCUAGCUUAUAGGUCCUGCUCUCGUAUCUUCCAUAUGUGGAAGAAGGAAUCUUCUCCAGAUUUUUCGGAGACCCUGUUGAUGCUGUGUCUUUAUUACUCCAACAAACUAGGGAACAUAUCCUGAGGCAACCACUGCGGCCAUGUCAGGUGACUGGAGCGAUUUACACUUCAUUUAAGAGCUGAACUUUGAACUUUGGUAACCAAGCUGCAGUGCAGAGCAAUAUUUAUAAAUCCAACUAUGUGGUAUACCCUCAGGGGAAGACUGUUACCUAAAAAUAUUUUUUAUAAAUAUAAGCUUUUUAUAUUGAUUAUGUCUUUAUAUUUGUAUCAAUGUUUUAUAGUUUCUAUUGAAUAGCUAUAUAGUUCACUCAAGCACUGAUAUCUGGCUAAAUCCUUGGAAAUACGUAUAUGUAUAUAUAAAUCCUAUUGUACUUUUCAAUGCAAGAGAGAAAAGAGAGAUUUGCAGAUAAAAGUAGCUGAAGUCCUCGUAUGCUUAAUUCACAAGGCUUGGUAAUGUUGUGUAUAGACCAUUUCAUGGCAAUAAGCCAAAGUCUUUUCACUAUCUCUUUCUUUCAGUUGAAUUUGGUGUUUGAUUUGUAAACUAAAGAAUCUAAAGAACAUUUAAAAACUAAAGAGCAUUAAAGAACUGAAGAACAUUACGCAGAUAUGAUGUUCUGUAUCUGAGUCUGUCCUUUACGGGCCUGAAUGGGAGAGAAUGAAAACUCUUCCUCCACGACAUGUAGCGUGACUUGUAGCUUGCUUUGGCUCACAGAAGAGAGCAUCACAGAAUAUUUUCCUUUGGGAAGUUUUUUUGGUGCAGUCUGUAGUGCUUUGAUAAUGGUCUAGGGCUGUACAAUUGGUAUACCAGAAGGAUGUAACUGGGCCAACUACUAUGGCAUUGACAGAUCCCUUAGAAUGAAAAUAAAAAGAAGAAAUAGAGCCAUGUGAAUGUUAAGGAGUGUUUUUAAACUACUGUUAAUGAUUGUUAUCUGUUGCUAUCAAAGCAAGUGAUAAAUUGCUGCCAGCUAUGAGCAUUAUGCCUGCCUUGUGAGUUUUAAACACGAUUCAUGAGUUUGAUUAUAUGACAAUUUUAAGACAGAUAAAUCGAUACAAGGGUUAAAUUGCCCAGAUCUUUGAAUCUUGAAAUUCCCUAUCUGGGUGUUCCAAGUACUGAAUGUUAUCCUUCCUCAAGCAUUAAGAGGGAAGUUUAGUCAAGGUGCAGACAUUACCAGAUCUCAGAUUGCCACUUUGUUCACUGGUCAUUCCUUAGCAAAUAAUGUGCUAAAUUAGAACUUCAGUUGUAAUUAAUUCAACCAUGUUUCUUUAAAACACUCUUGAAUUUCCUGAAUAGAAAUAAUGGAACUCUGUAAUACUUGGGUUUAGACUCUACUUGUACUACUUUGCACCUUGUGUAAAUAAGAAGUAAAUGUCAUGUUGGUAUAAAAUCUAUGUAAGGGAAAGAAGGGUCAAGCCCUGUGGUAGAAGGUGAAGGGGAAACAGGAAGGAAUGGAUUCAGGAUGUCUUUUUCCAUAAGGGAAAGGUAAAAGAACUGCUGAAAGUUUGGAAACUUGAAUUCAGAGAACAUGAAAGAAAUGUGCAUGAGAACAGGUCUUAUUCUUGCUCUUCCUUGCCAAAUUCAUCCUAGCUUGAAAUUUUACAAAAUUAACCAGGUCCAUAUUCCUGUUUGCUUUUCUUUCCCCACACUGACAUUAAGUGCCUGCUAUUACUACAGUACUGAUCAAUAUUUAUUAACUUAAGUCUCUGCACCCAUUAGGCAGAAGAUGGGUUUUAAGUGAAUGAAGUGUAUUGACUCAACCUUUGACAAGAAAAGCUAUUAGCCUGUUCAAUUAUCUUUCUUAAAGCAGUCAUUGGUGAGUUGACAGAUUUCCUGUAACAAGUGAUCACUUAAGCCAGAAUCUGAAAAAAAAACAAAACCCAAACCCAAACCUGCUGAGGCAAAAUCCUGUUGCAACCACAUGUAGUGAACUGUAGUGAAUGCAAACACAAAAGGCUGAUGGCUUUGACUGCACUGUGGUAUUAGAGUUUGUUCAAUGCCUCACAGUGUAAUAUUCAGGCAUCAGAUAGUCUGAUAAUAUUUAAACUUAUAGAAUCAUCAAAUCAGUCAGGGUUGGGAGGGACCACAAGGACCAUCUAGUUCCAAACCCCCUGCCAUGGGCAGGGAUGCCUCACACUAGAACUUAAUCUAUUUCUUCUGUUGCUGAAAAAUAUCUGACUGGCAAAUAGAAGAACAGGAGGUUGAUUCACAGCUAUGAAUAACAAAUUGCGUAAAAUAUUUGCU